AGGGAGGCAGCUGUCGGCCCCCGCGCGUGCCAUGGAAGUGGAGCCGGCCCUAUCGUCGGUGGCGAGGGAGGAUUUCGACUGCCCGGUCUGUCAUGAGUUGCUGUGCGAGCCGUGCGUCCCGUCGUGCGGGCACGCGUUCUGCAAGGCCUGCCUGUGCAAGCUGUUGUCGCACAGCUCCGCCAGGGCGGUCGGCGGUGCCAAGUGUCCUGUGUGCCGCCGCGUCCUGCACGUGACCCGUGGCGAGGAUUUGGCCGUCUGCAGCCAGUUUGACCGGCUGCUGGCCCUCCACUUCGCUGGCGAGCAUCGGGUUCGUCGCGAAGCAGCCGCCGCGCUGGCCGCUGCGGAUGCCGCAGAUGCGCAGGCUCGGGCCGUGGCCGACGGGGCCCGUGAGCGUAUCCCCGUGUUCGUGAUGGACGCGACGUUGCCGCGGCAGCACUUGCACCUCAACGUGUUCGAGCCGCGCUACAUCAGCAUGGUUCACCGCGUUCUGCAGGGCAGUCGGUGCUUCGGCAUGGUGGGCUCCGCGAACUUCGGGGGCAUGGCCUCGCACGGCGUGGAGGUGAGCAUCCGCGAGUGCGCGGAGCAGUGGGACGGCCGUUUCCACCUGGAGGCCGGCGGGGUCGGUCGUAGUCCGCCACAGGGGCGAAUAGCCUUGGGGUGGGCAUGACUCGCGUCCGCCCACGGGUCUCGUCGAGAACGCAGGCGAUCGGAACGCUUGGAAGCAUGCGAUGCUACCCCCCACUGGGUUGCCCCCCCCAGGGGCUCGGCCGGGGCGACCGCGGAUGUCGGCAGGGCAUUGUCGGCCAGUUUCCACCGCCAAGGCUCGCAGUGACAGUGCGUUGAC